AAACCACGCACGCACGCGCGCAUACGCAAGCAGCGGCUCAGAAAUGGCGGCUGAUGGUGGCAGCUCUUCGCUGCAGCUACCCUGCGUUUUUUCACCAAAAUCCCGACAGUACUUAGCGCUGUGUGCCCAAGACGGCAGACUGCGCAUCUGGAACACAGACAGUAAAACACUUCACCAAGAAUACGUGCCUUCAGCUCAUUUGAGUGCCACUUGUAUCUGCAUAGCCUGGGGACCAUGCCGGACAGUCAAGGAGGGGCCUCAGAGGAAGAAGAGGAAAUCAGAGGCAGGACAGGUGGAGGAGAAGGCAGACCUGUUGGCGAUGGGCACAGCAGCAGGCAGUGUCCUAAUCUACAGUACAGCAAAGGGAGCUCUGCAUUGUACCCUGGAUGGAGGCCAUAGUGGAGGAGUGAAUUGUGUCCAGUGGCACCCUGAGGACAGUUUAUUAUACAGCGGCUCAGAUGAUACAAACAUUAUCGAGUGGGACCUGCAGACAGGCAAGACGAGAAGUAAGUGGAAGGCGGACCGUGCAGCAGUGACCAGUUUAAGCGUGAGCCCUGACGGCAAACUGCUGCUCUCAGCUGGACAUGUAAUCAAGAUGUGGGACUUGGAAACCAAGGAGGUUUACAGGAGGUUCACAGGCCACUCCACGGCCGUGACGACCCUGUGCUUUGCAACCACACGACCUCCCGACAGCAAUGGUCUUUACUUCCUGUCUGGUGCCGCACAUGAUCGACUGCUCAGUGUUUGGCAAGUACGAGAAGACGGAAGGGACAAGAAUUCAGUGGUGUCCUUCACACUGACAGACGAGCCACAACACAUCGAUCUUGUCACGUCCAACAGCAAGGAAGAGGCGGUGAGGCUGGCAGUGGUGUGUAAAGAUGGGCAGCUGCAUCUCUUUGAGCACUUUUUAAAUGGGGCCUGUAAGAAGCCAUUGUCCCCCUCGUGUACGGUGCAGAUGUCCGACACAAAGGACUCCCCGGUGCCGAUCCCACUACUGGCUGCGGCCCUCACAGCUGAUACACGGACCGUGCAGCUGGCCUAUGGCAACCACCUUCAGCCUGUGAUGGAGAAAGUAGAGAUCAACACAGCAGAGAGACACGUGUGUUUGACCCGGGAUGUUCAGACCAGCUUAUCCCUAUCCAUGGAGACCACCGUUUCCAAGGUGAAAACCCCUAUUGUCAAUGCCAAGAGCAAAGUGUUGGUCCCAGGGCUCCCUGGUCACCAAGCCCCAAUCAAAGGAACCACACAGGGAUCAGAGAAGAGGAAAAAAGACACAGACACCAAAGAGAUGUCAAUAGCGGAGCGACUCGGAGAAAUCGAUCUGUCUACAGUCUCCAGCGAGAAGGGGGCUCCUAAAGGGACAGCCUCUUUACAGACAGACAAUUUUGCAGUGCUGCUGGUGCAGGGCCUGGAGAGCAACGACGCCGACAUCCUAAAUAAAGUUUUUCAGACUCGUAAAGACAUGGUGAUAAAGAAAACUGUUGCUAGGUUACCCCUCCCUGCUGUUUUACCUUUGGUGGAAGAGAUAACAAAGAGGCUCCAAGGGCACCCUUUUACGGCAGUUUUAAUGGUGCGGUGGCUCAAGGCCGUACUCAUGCACCACACAUCAUACCUGGCAUCGCUGCCAGACCUGGUUACCCAGCUGGGAGUGCUUUAUCACAUGAUUGAGAGCCGAGUGAAGAUGUUUCACAAGCUCACAAAGCUUCACGGGAAACUGUAUCUCCUGAUGACACAGGUGGCGACAAGUGACAACAGCAACACAGUUACAGAUGUUGACCACACAGCUAAGCUGGUCUAUGAAGAAGAAUCAUCUGACGAAGAUGAGGCCUCUGGUGACGAAGGUCUUCCCGACGAUGCUGACUCUGAUCACUGGGAGGAGGAGGAGGUGACGGAGGAGGCAAUGGAAGACGACAAAGAGGAACAAGCAGACGAAGAAGAGGAUGAUCCAGACAGCAGAACAGAUUCCAAAGCAAACGGAGAGGAAGACAUGGAUCAUGGAAACGAGAGCGAGGAGGAGUGAAAACGAAUGAGGAAAAACACCAAUCAUACAUAAAAUGGACCUGAAAGAGUUAUAUAUACUUUCAUUUUAUUUUCAUGCUUUUGAUUUUAUUAUCAGAACAAAGUUUGGUUUUACAAAAUCAAAGGACACGUGGUGUUGAAAUGUGCGCAGCUUGGCCCCCUGCCUCGCCACAAAGCCGUUCAGCCACAAGGGUGGCGAUGUCAUGCUCCCAGUCUUUUCCCCAUACGAGGAACAGAUGCCACAUUUUGAGGAAAACAUUCUGCAAAAUACAAUUGAUUCAAGUUCCCUUUCUGCUGUCAGUUCAGUCUGCAUCCCAGCUCUAUAACCUGAUGAGUUUGCAUUUAAAAUGACUGAAAAGAUAAUUUGGUGAUGUUCCAGUUUGCCUACACUGCAAUCUGCAUUCCAAAUUUUAUGUUAUUGUGUAAUAAAUAGUAUUAGAGAAUAUUGUAUGACCAGCCUAACAGUAGAUUAGACAGCACUCUGUGAUCGGUUUAUUCUUACACAACUCUGUAGGCCAUCUGGAACACGCCUGGCUGUAAAGUGAGUCCUCAGAUGCAAACACAGUGCAGGUGUGGAGUUGGGAUGCAGGGCCCCCGACUUAUGUACAGAAUACUGCUCAAUCAGAGCCGUAUCAGACCAUACAUCAUGUCCCCACACAAUGUAAAUCUGUAUGUACAGUGAAGUGUUUGUAUGAGCUCUUCCCUCUACAGCUAUCCCCCAGAAAUGCUUGGGAUUAAAUGAACUCCUGUAAAG